UCUCGCGAAGAAGCUUUGAAAAGAUUUGGGGCUUUUUGAGCUUCUGAUAUGUUCAAAUAUUUGUGUUAAUUCUUGAAUUUUGGCCAUCAUUGGUUCAGUUAUUAGCAACACUGGCCCCAAAUUUGUGGAACUAGACGACAUGUUGAAACCAAGAGUCUUGACCGAGUUACUUGCUCAGGAAACUACUGGAGGCAUUAUGAGUACUAUUCUUUUGAAAAGCAACGGUUCCCUGUUGGCAUUUGCUGGUUCAGGGGAUAAAGAGGCAAGAGUUACGGCAGCCAUAGCAUCAAGUAUCUGGUGUGCUUAUCAUUCAAAUAUCAAACAAAGUUUUCAUACAGAGACCUUGAAUUUUGUCCUUAUGGACUGUGAUGAUGGAAAGGUUGCAAUAACAAGUAUUUCUGAUCUCCUGUUAUGCCUUCAUUCAAAGAAAUCUGUUGGCCUUGGGCUUUUAAAGACAAAAACAUUAGCAUUGGCAAAAUAUCUGGAAGGUCCUCUAUCAGAACUGAAUCAUGCCGUCGCCUGACAUUCAGAUUUUGAAAAACUCCUUAAUAAUUUUAUCUCGAUUAGACAUCAAUUAUACAAAAUUACUUGAUUUCCUACUGAAAUAUUGUAUAUUAAACCAACAAUAA